UGCCAUACAGAACGCACCUCCCGAACGGUGACAGGGGAGGAGGCCCAGACCCUUCCGGAAGCCCCACCGCCUCCUGGGGCGGCCCCGGAGGGCUUCUAGGAGGCGGUGGCCUUGGCCUCAGGCCUGCUCGGACUAAGGGGCGGGGCACCGUCUCCGCAGGUGGCGAGGGUGCACUGGAGCUGCUGUGACCGUCGGGACGCCCUGGGAGGCAGCGAGCUCGGGUAAGCUGGCAGCUGGCCCCCCAGGGCUGUUCCUGUCCUGGGCGCCCGGGAAAGGCAGGCCAGGUUUUCCAGUCUAUCAACUGACUGCAGUUUGCUACUGGGCCAGCAAGAGCGUAUCCCGUCGCCCAGUCGCCUGCUUCUCGGUGCUCCUGCCAUGGCAGCCAUUCUCCUGAUGACCAGACCCAAGGUGCCAGUGUCUUUUGAGGAUGUGUCCGUGUACUUCACCAAGACAGAAUGGAAGCUUCUGGAUAUCAAACAAAGGAUCCUCUACAAGAGAGUAAUGCUGGAGAACUACCGCCAUUUGGUGUCACUGGGGCUCUCAUCCUCCAAGCCUCACCUGGUCUCCCUGUUGGAACGAGGGGAAGGGCCCUGGGCAGCUGACAUCAACAGGACAAGGGCUGCCACAGGGAUACAGGCAGGUGAAAGGAUCAAGAGCCAGACAUUAAGUUCCAAGGAGAAAUGUUGUCCAAAAGAAUUUGCAAGAGCCAAUCUUCAGGGUGGCAGCAAGAGCCAGGUAGCCAGGCUGCCAGAGGAAACACUUGAGCAGAGACAAAAACAUGUUCAUUCUCCAGAGACAGGUUCCAGCAGGGGUGACCGUCACAGGGAGAAAGACCAAGGCAGCUCCUUGAGUAAGGAAAGAGAGAUGGUGCAGAGAAGUACCCACAGCAUUAGGCAGAAUUUGGUCUCAAGGCAACAGUGUUCCAAAGGUACAGAGAAGCGGUACCUGUGCCAGCAGUGUGGGAAAUCUUUCAGCCGGAGCUCCAACCUCAUCAAGCACCGCAUAAUCCACAGUUCUGAGAAGCCCUAUGAGUGUUCUGAGUGUGGGAAACUCUUCCGGCGCAGCUUUGCCCUGCUGGAGCACCAGCGUAUCCACAGUGGAGAGAAGCCCUAUGUGUGCGAUGAGUGCGGGAAGACCUUCACACGCAGCUCCAACCUUAUCAAGCACCAAAUUAUCCACAGUGGUGAGAAGCCCUACAAGUGCCCAGAGUGUGGGAAACUCUUCCGGCGCAGCUUUGCCCUGCUGGAACAUCAGCGCAUCCACAGUGGCGAACGGCCCUAUGAGUGCAGUGAGUGCGGGAAGGCCUUCAGCAGGAGCUCCAACCUCAUUGAGCACCAGCGUACCCACAGUGGCGAGAAGCCCUACACAUGUAGCCAGUGUCCAAAAGCCUUCAAGGGUGUCUCUCAACUCAUUCACCACCAGCGCAUCCACAGCAGGGAGAAGCCAUUUGAGUGCAAGGAGUGCGGGAAGGCCUUCCGGGGGCGCUCAGGCCUCAGUCAGCACCGCCGGGUGCACAGUGGUGAGAAACCCUAUGAGUGCAGCGAGUGUGGGAAGACGUUCAGCAGAAGAUCCAACCUCUUCAAGCACCAGGCAGUUCACAGCGAUGAGAGGCCCUAUGAGUGUCAAGACUGCGGGAAGGUAUUCCGGAGCAGCUCACUCCUCCUGGAGCACCGGAGGGUGCACGAGUGUGAGAAGACCUGUAGCAAGAGUGGUGAGAGGCCCUGCACAUGUGGCAAAUGUGGCAAGUGUGGCAAGACCCUUAAGAUGAAAUUGCAGCUCCGUCAGUAUCAGAAAAUUCGCCAUGGAAGGAAGAAUUUGGAGGACAGCGACUGUGAAAAAGUGCCAGCCUCUUUGGCCCUCAAAAGUCCCAUUGAAGAGCCCCACCCUGCAGAUGAGAAGCAGGGAAUAGAUUCUGAAUUCACAGCUGCCCACAGUGCCAUCUGACAAGGUUGUCCAUGGGGAAUCUGAGCGCCCUGCUCCCCUCCAUUCUGUCAUUGAUGAUGCAGUUGAUGCAGGGACUUCACUGUAGCCUCUGCCAUGGGCUAAUUACAGGCUUCCAUGUAUGUGCACAGGUAUGCAUACAUGUAGAGCCAAUGUGUGAGCUGCUGCAAGAGCUCCUGAAUGCCCAUCAGGACUUUGUGCUUAUGAGCAGGAGGAAACCUGUGAGUAGAGCCACCCCAAGGGCACAAGUACCUUGAGUUAAGGAGAGAUGGUCUAUUUUCUCUCAUGAGGUCAUUCACUUCACCCCAAAACUUGUUAGCAUUUCCAGGUUGAAGAUACUAAAAGCACUUUAAUGCUUUAAGAGCUUAUAAGUGGAAGGAACUUGAGGAAAUUCAAAAUUGUGAGCUCUACAAGUAGGCUGUGGCCUGACUGUGACAUCCCCAAAUUUCAUCAAGAAAUGGUCUGAAAAUGGGCUUGGGCAAAUGCUCUUGUGGACUGCUUGUGCCUGCAUUGUCAACCUCUGCUCUAUGAGAAGGCACAGAACACCCUGCUAUCAUGUUGAGCAGUGAUCCGUUCUUUUUCCUGGCCAUUUGUCUUUGUGCCUGAAAACUACAGCCUUCUAUGUGUGUCCCCAGUUGCUGCUUCUCAGAGGAACAGCACCCAAGGCCCCAUCUUCUUAGAGCUCAGAGCUUGGGAGGGGGUGUAUGGGGAAUGGUUGGCCAGGGGCCUGCAUAGAAGAUGAGGCCCAGGGCCUCAGCAUCUCCUCCCUGAAGAGAAGCCCUUUUGCUCUGGUCCCUUAAAGUAGCAGGCUCCAGGCAAGACCACUGCAGCAUGGCAACAUCUGCCACCAGCUGCCCUGCUGCCUUUGGUCUCCUCCCUGCCCACCAGACCCUCAGGCUUGCCCCACCUGCUACAUUCUGUCCCUCCCACCCCACCAGCAAAGGCCACCCUGGCUUCUCUGUCCUUCCUCCCCACCCUCAGUGCCUAAAGCUUCAAACUUAGCUGCUCCCCACCCCCACCCAAGCAGCCACCCUUUGUGGCUUGUGCCCAUCAGGAAGCAAGCAAGACGGGUUAAGAAUUUGCACAGAGGGUGCCCAAUUGUGGUUCUCUCAUUGGAUCUGUCUUCACAUGACAUUUCUUAAAAUAUUGGAGGUUCAGUUGCUUUGAAUGUUAUAUGUAAGUUGGGAUAUGUUAUAUGUAAGUAUGGGAUAAUGUAAGUUGAAGAUUGGGAUUUUUGCCAUAUGAGAGUGUCAGGGAAUUGCUCCUGAAAUAAGAUCCCCCCCCAACCCCUGCCAACCCUUUGAGAAGUACUCAGACAACAGAAAAGGACCUCACCUCCUGAGGCCUGACACAUGAUUAGUGUGGUGGUAAGCCUUGUUACUAUUCUCACUCCUCCCCCUUAGCCCUGUGGAAACAGAGCAGACCCUUCAAAUAGCACUUUACUGCAGGCUAAGGGAGGUUCUCAAGGAGAAAGCUCACACCGGCCAAGAGGCAGCUGCUGGCAGGCUCUGUCCUGUUCCAUCUGUGCUGUCCCUAGAGCUGGACCCAGGAGUUAUGCCCCUUAGUACUCUCAACCUAGCAUUCUGGUUGGCUUGCCACCUCCUUCCAGCCCUCUUCACUCCCAGGGGCUCUGGUCUGUCAUACAGAGCACCUGAGGACAGACAGAUGAUAGAUGUUCUGCAGGCCACCCACUGGGCCUCCAAGGAGCAAGCUUACCUUCUCUGCAAGACAGGAAGGGUCAAAGACCCAUCAGAAGAAGGUGGGAAGACCUGAAAGUACAGGAUUCCUUCUGAACAUGCUGCUUGGAGCUCCAAUUGCUAAGACAACUCCAGAAGUGAGAAAUAUAAGUGUAAGUGUAAAUAUAGGUGUUUUAUCUAGAUAUAUUGAAAGGAUUUUCCAUACCUCUGACUUAUGGGAAGUUCUUGUAAUUUGCUCUUAUCUCACAGCUUCCUUCACUGAGCCCAUACCACCUCAUCCUUUGAUUGCCUUCUGCUCUGUGUCAUAUUCAUGUUUGUGCCCUAGUUGCCAAGCCCAGUGCUUGGUAAUUAGUAAAUGCUUGUGAAAUGAAUAUUGCCCCCUUAGCACAUUGAACUCAGGUUUUAGACUGUAGUCAGCACCGGCCUUACCUUGAGGCAGUUGAAAGUCCCUGCAGCUUCAGGUUUUCUAGUAGAAAAAGAAGUAUUGGGAGCAGUGUCUGAAGUCCAUGGAGAGGUCAUUGGGAAAUGUGUGUUUUCCAAGGCACAGACAAUCUUUGCUGCAUUUGGCAUGGAUUCAGGAAACCAAUCCCCAUGCAGGGCAGGGCACAGUGGCAGGAGGCCUUGUGCUUGGAUUCCAGUCUUGUUCAACCAUGCCCUGACCAAGACUGGGGCAGCAGCUGCCACAUGAUGGGAAUUGGAAAUAGUGAACAAUUUUGCUCUUAACAGGCCAGUCAGUUACCAGAUUUUAAUAAAGAAGGCUUGGAUCUCCUCAUUGGUCAUUACUGGAUGAGCUAACUUGAUUUUUUUUUUAGAUUUUAGAAACUUUUAUUUAUUUUUUAAGCUAACUUAAUUAUUAGUGUGAACUCCUUUUUUCACGUUGGAACCCACAGGCAAAGAUGACUAGGUCGGGGGAGGGAGUAAUGUACAGGUAGUUUAAGUAAAAAGUAGAUUUUCCUGGAGAGAUGCUAUGCACUUUCAGUCUGGUUUUAGAGUGCCCUGAUGCUUACCGAGAUAAGUGACAUUUACAAUAACAAGACAUUGGGUCAGCUCAUGGCACAUCUGAGUCUGUGGGCUGUUUGACCUUUGAAACUUUGGGUGCUUUUCAAGAGCUAUUUAAAUACUAUGGCAGUAUCUCCAUGUACCAGUAACUGGUAGCUAUCAGAUGGUUUAAAGUAACCAGAUACCAGCUGGGUUAGAGGUGUCAGGAAAGACAAUAAGCAUGGAAUUAUGGGGGAAAGCUAAAGCUGCUGUGUUUGGACAUCUUUCAGCCCCCUGCAUAAAUAAAGCAGAAACCCUUGAGAGCCAGCUGUGUAGGGAUCAGGGGCAGCCACCUGAAGCUGGUCAGACACCAUGACUCUGAGACCAGGAAGGGUCAAGCACCACAUCAGUCCCCUGAGAAACACAAUUCUGUUACCAUUCUUCAGACAACAUGGAAGUGUCCACACUCGUCACUGUGGGUACACUGUCUGGCCUCGUGUAGCCCUGUAGAGAGGGUAGCUCCAUCUUCAAUCUCCCAUUGUUUGCUUCUUGACCUCUCUGCAGAGGGACUCCAGCAUGGACACUCUUCUGUCCUGUAGGCCCAGAAGCCCCUCUCCCUGACCUUGCCUGCUGGUGGUGCCUCAGUCUCUUUCUACCUUCCUGUUCCCCCAGCAAUUCUUGGGGUCCUUGGCCCUUCCCUCUGCCCUUUAUGUCCAAUGGUCAUUGAGCCACCAGAUACUGUCCAAUGGCAAUUAUGGUUGGCCCAGCCCCAUCUGCCCCCUCAUGUGGCCCCUCAUGUGGCCUUGUGCUGGGCUAAUGGCAACAUCCAUAUUUGGGGCCCUAAAUAGGUCUGGGCGCUUAGCUCUUUCCAAUCAUGGCUGGUGUACUAGGACAUUAGAGUGCCUACAAGAGUUUCUCUGCUUGGCAAAGCUGCCAGGUGACUUCAACAAAGAAAUAAACAAAAGUUGUUCUCCCUGAGAGCAAGUGGCUGGAAUCCCAGACUUGUUUCCAAGGGAGGAGAAAGCAGGCCUGAGAAAGGGGCUCUUGGAGGUUUCAUUGCCAUUGCCACUCAGCAUCCUUAGGUCCCAAAUGUUUACUGAAUGGUUUACUCUCACUCCUGAAUGUGUUCUCACUGGCAUUAUGGCAGCAUGGGUACAGCAGGAUGCUGGUUUCAGAGCUGACUCCAAUGAAGCAUCUAGGACAAGCCAGGACCCCAAAUCUUUACUCCUUUACUCAGCCAAGGGGACACAGCAGACUUUCAGCUGGGGGUGCUAAGUGUACACCUUUUUAGGUAUUAAAGCAUGACAAGUUGUGUCUCGAGGCUAGGUAGGAAUAAGUACCAGGUGAGCUCUCAAGACAGGAAGUAGAGGUUAAGGGACUUCCAGCAGUGGGGUGGAGAGAGGAAGGGAGGGCACAUGGUGUGUUAGGGAACCCUACAAGGGCAGAGGGCUUGCUGUAGGACAGUUGGAGGUGAAAGGUCAUUAGAACCAGAGUGCCUAGAGCCUGGGAUGACAGAGGAAGAAUUUUAGACUCUAGCUAGUUCCUGAUGAGAAGCAAUUUUUACUCUUUAUUGUUUUUAUUUUUUUAAGAUUUUGUUUAUUUUUAGACAGAGGGGAAUGAUGGGAGAAAAAGAAGGAGAGAAAUAUCAAUGUGUGGUUGCCUCUCACAUGCCCCCCACUGGAGACCUGGCCCACAACCCAGGCAUGUGCCCUGACUGGGAAUUGAACCAGUGACCCUUUGGAUUGCAGGCUGGCACUCAAUCCACUGAUCCACACCAGCCAGGGUGGGAGGCAACUUUUAAAAGCAUCACAGAAGUAUUCUAAGAUCGAGCCAGGGAAGUUAAUGUAAAACAUAAUUGCUAGAGUGUGUGAAUUUACACAUUAACAACCACCUAGUAUACACAUUGUAUAUCUAGAUGGCUUGGAUGCCCACUCGGUGUCAACACAUGCAUAUGGAUAGCAACAGUCCACUAUCAAUGAUGCUUUGACACAAGUAGCCUCAACUGACAUUCUUGGGAGUCCCCACUUGCCAUAGUAUUUAUAACUGGUUUCCUGUUAUGCUAGCACCGAUGUGUCUAUGACCUCAAAACAUAGCAGCCCUCCAGGGUUUGGAGAUUGCUGAUUCUGAAUUUUUUUGACAGCUUUAUAGAGGUAUAAUUGGCAUACAAGGAACUGCACAUCUUUAAAACAUACACUUGGAUGAGUUUUGAUGUGGACAUUCGUGAAAACAUCACCACAAUGAAAACAGUGAACAUAUACAUCUGUCACCCCCAAAAGUUACUUGGUCUUCCCAUUGCUCCCUCCUUUUUGUCCCUCCCUGCCCUCCACCAUUCUGCUCUGCUUUCUGUCACUGGUCAUUAGUUUGCAUUUUCUACAAUUCUAUGUAAAUGGAAUCCUGCUGUAUGCACUCUUUCUUGUCUGGCCUCUUUCACUCAGCGUAAUGGUUUUGAAGUUCAUUCAGGUUGUUGUAUGUGUAUCAAUCCUAAAAUUUUAUUGCUGACUAUUAUUCCAUUGUAUGCAUGGACCACAGUGUUUUGGUUGUUUUUGGG